UGAAGUUUAUUUAUAUUUUAUUUUAUUUACUCGUCCGGUGUUAGUGGUGGCCGGUAAGGGUGAGGGUCAGGUCAGCGUCACUCACCUGUCAUUCCUGCGCCGGUAAAUGGAAAUAAACAUUGGAGUGACAGCCGCCUCCAGGCCGCUCAUUUAACUACAAUGUCACUGUUUAAGGCACGAGACUGGUGGUCAACUGUGGUGGAGGGAGAAGAGGGUAGAGAGGAGGAGUGUGACACUGGCUGCCUGGUCAUUGGUAACAUCAAUAAUGAAAAUCCACCCAAAGACAAGAUUGUUGUGGGAGGAUUCUCAGGCACCCUCAGGGUUUUUUCCCCUCAAUCAUACCGAAGUGAGGAAGGAGAAGAGGUUUCUGGGUAUCGUCCAGACCAUGUGCUGCUGGAGACAACUCUUAUAUACCCAAUUUUGCAGUUGGCUGUUGGGAAAUUUGUCUCGAGUAAUGAUUUAAAUCAUCUGUGUGUCCUCCAUCCUGACCGUCUUGUUGUGUACACCAUCUCAGUCGCCUCAGGUCAGGCUGGCCAUGGUGACCACUCUCGUCUGGCUGUUGCUUACCAACAUAAGCUCCAGAGGAAUGCACACUCUUUUAUGACAGGUCCGUUUGGUGGUGUAAAGGGGAAAGAAUAUCUUGCUGUUCAAUCCUUAGAUGGUUGCAUCACUGUCUUUGAACAAGAAAGUUAUGCCUUUUCCAGUUUUCUGCCUGGGUUUCUGCUGCCAGGGCCUAUAGCCUAUGUUGCUAAGUCUGAUGCUCUAGUUACAGUGAGCUCUGAUUGGUGUCUUCAGUGUUUCAAAUACCAGGCUGUGGCUGUAGCAACUGAUAAUGAGAAGGACAAAAACAGUAGCAACAACAAUAGUAAAGGAGGAAAGAGACUGUCACCUGAGUGGACGCAGCAGCUUGGAGAGCCAGCGCUGGACCUCUGUGUUUUGUCCCCUCCAGAGGGUCCCACGAGUCUCCUUGUUCUGACUCACCAUGCAGUCUUCUGCUUUAAGGAGUCAGGGGUGUUGAAGUUUGUCAAGAAGCUUGAGUUCAACCCAUCCAGUUUCUUGGCCUUUAUUGUAGACAAUUAUGUGCAUGUGUGUAUUGCGAGCCACACAGAAACCUUGCUAGUAUACCGGGAGUCUCAACUGAAAUGGGCGUCACAGUUACCAUUUGCUCCAGUUGCUCUUGCACGGGCCAACUUCUCUGGCCAACGAUUCUUAAGGGGCAUUACUGGAGCACUUGUUAUGCUGGGUGACUCAGGGCAGCUUCAUGUGUCUUAUAUGGGUACCGAUCCAUCACUAUUUGUGGCACCUCCAACAGAAACUCGUGAGAUAAAUUACGACCAGACAGAUAAGGAAUUGGCAAAUCUCCAUAAAAUUAUUAAGGCAUCAACAAAAGAUACAGGAGCACUGAUAGGCAUGAAUCGGGGAGAUAGUGACCUCCUGGUGUCUGGAACUGUGGGGACACAACUGGAGAUGUGGACAGGAAACACUCGGGUCCAGAAUCCUGAUGGCGGGGUUCCAGCUGUACCUGUAGUUGUGCGCCUCACUGCACACACACCUCUUAAUACUGUUAGAGUUAACAUUGCUGUCGAAAAACCUCUCAGUGUGACCCAAGACACCUUUGUUCUACGUACAAUAUGUGAUACUAGUCAAAUCUUGGUGAAAUUCUACUUAGAGGACCCAUAUAUACCUACCAACCUCUCUGUUAGCAUUAUCACUUCUUACGUAACUCACACGGGUAUUCCUCGGAUAAUCACAACUAACUUGGACCUGCCAAUGAGGCUUGUGGUGAAGCCUAGCAUGCCAAACAAGGAGGCCGACCAUAAGGUCACCAUCUCCACUAACAAAGAUGCUGUCAGUCUACCAGAAUUAUUUCCAGAUCUGGCAUCAGAUACAAGUGUUGGUACAGCCUUGGGCCUCCAAUAUUACAGUGGAGCUGACAUCACCAUUCUUUCUUCCCGCACUACUAACAGAUAUCGUUUGCAGUCAGACAGCUUAGCAGCUUUAUGGAUUACCUUAAGUGAACUUAUACGUCGUUUAAAGAGUUACUGGAGUAACCCGAACCGUCGUGAUGGGGAGGAACUCAUACUGGGUGUUGCUUCUUCACUUCCCACACAUGAAUUGUUCUUUGAGAUAGACGCCCAUUUUUUGCGCAGAAAAAAACAUCGGGAUUUAGAAGCCCAGCUGGUCCAACGAGCAACCCAGUUUCGAGCUGUACAGCGUCGCUUAUUGACCAAGUUCAAAGAUAAAACUCCAACUCCUCUGACCAACCUGGACAACCUUCUUGAAGGAACCUAUAAACAGAUCUUGCAGAUUACAGAUGCCAUCAAUGAUAAUAUUAGGGGUCUGGAGAAAGAUGGAUGUCAGUUAAGUUGUGUGGUGCGACUGGUACUGGAGCUUGUGCGCCUCCAGACAAAUAUGCCAGAUCAUCAAUACGCUCUGCUGUCCUCUGCUCUCUCACCCAUUGUGCACCUCUCCAUGGACCAGGGCUGGGAGGAGAUAACUGAUGUCAGUGUGACCUUCUUGUUAAGAACUGUGCUGGGUAGAGGCUCCCGUGAUGCCCCUUCCACCCCGGAGCUAACAAUGCCAUCAGACACCACAAAGCUGAAGAAGCACCUGGGUCUCCUUCUAGAUAAAGUGACUAAAGGAAGAGCCCAACUCACCCUCAAAACAACACCUACAAGUGCUGCUGAUACACGUGAGGACACAGUUAUUGGAGAUGAAGAUGACAGGGUAGAUUCCCCAGCCAAGGCAGAAGAGGAUCCAACUGAUGUCCCUCUUGGGUCUCGGCUGGGAGAGGACAGAGCCAGGUCAGCCAGGAUCAGAUCAGCUCGCCUCUUAUCUGCCCGCAAGAUUCCUGAACGCACGCCAGCGGAUGGUGAGCCAUCAAGUAUAAUUGAUGAUGCCCAGCCUACAAGUAUGUCCUCUCAAGACUUGUUCACAGAUGGGAACAGUGAUGUAAAUUCCAGAAGUCAUGAGAAUAGCACCAGUUUUAUUCAUCAGAGCAGUAUUGGUAGUCUUCCAGAUGACUCUACCACUGAGGACAAUGAGGACAAUGCUAUACAUAGUCCUAGUGGUGAGGAAGCUGACUCAUCACCACCACAAGAGCAAACUUUGAUUGAGUCCACAAAGAUACUUACUGAAAAUCUGAAAAUUGUCAAAGACCCCAUUAAGGAGAACAUUAUUGAGAGUCCAGCAGAUAUUUUUUCAGUAGAUGAUGGUGAUGAUUCAUGGUAAAUGCUACCCUGACUCAUGAGAGCAACAUGUACAGUCAAGUUGGUACAGUACAUUGCUCUUAUGAUGUACUGUACAAAGCUGAAUAUAUUACUAUACAGUUUAUAUAGUGGUAUAGAUUAUAAACUACAAUUACUGAAGUUAUAUAACCAAAGAAUUAAAGGUAUGUCUCAGGUUUGGUUUAGAGUUACAGGAAAGAUUACUAGGCACAUUAAGCUCAAGAAUAGUCACUCAUUCACUGAGGUAGACCAGCCUGGAAUGAUGACAGUGCACUUACUGUAUUAUAAUAGAAACAAAAUAUUUAAAAUUUGUAGUAAUAUUAUACAGUACAUGUAUAAUGAAAUAUCAGUGUAAUUGUCAAGGGAGUAAAUUGCUUUGAUAUGUUCGCUACUAAUUUAAUGUCACAAAAUGGAUAUCCUGAACUGUUGAAGCAUAAAGGAAGUAAGAUCAAGAAUCUAGUAAACAAAUCUCUCAUUUUUCUUAAAGAAAUUUUCAUCAUAUGAAUUCAAAGCAAAUGGUCACCUUCAAACAUAAAUACUCUACAUUUCUUAUUAUGAUUAAUUUGUUAGGAUUCAUCUACCAUAAUUUAUCUUGCAAACCAUGAAAUGUUAUGAAUAUGUUACACUGAAAAUUCUAAUUUUGGGGAUUGUUAGAAUGAGUCUCAUAGAUGUAUUAAACCAUUAAUCAUAUUUAGUGAUUUAUCACUCAGUUUAUUCAAAAAAGAAAGUUAAUAUAUAUUAUUAUCCCUCAGAUCCCACUCAGGGCAUUAAAAAACAUAGCAAUCAGUGUGUGUGUUUGUGUGUGCAUCUGUGUCUUUCUGUACUGUAAUCUUAACUUAUCCUCUUCAACACUUAUCAGCUUAUUAUCUGAUCAGGUGGUUGGUAAUUUCUGUUAUAUACUUUUGACAGGUAGUGGACUUGCACAGGUUUUUAAGUAUCUCUGAGAAUGUAACCGUGUUAGUCAAGUGUUAGACCUCAAAGAGUUAACACAUUUGUGCUCUCACAACAUUUUGUGAUAUAUUAUUCCACAAUUUCCCAACUUGCUUUAAAGAAGUUAACUUGACAGUUUUCUGUGUUGAUUGCUGCUUUAACCUGAGUCUAUGACCUGGCAUGGAGUGGUCAUCAGCAAAUUCCAGAUAUGUACAAUAAAAGAAAAAAGUCUUUAAGUGAAAUUUGGUGAAAACAUGCCGAAGGGUUAAACUUUUGGUGCGCUUUGCCUUGUGGUCGGGCUCUCAUAGUGUUUCACGAGUUAUAUUUAAUCUUUGGACAAAACCACGACAAAACUUUUGUCUUUGAUUGUACAUAUGAUUUGAAUAGUGCCUAUAGAGGUACUGUACUUAUAUACAGUACUGUGUUUCCAUUAAAUCACCCCUUUCUAUGUCUAGUAUAAAAUAGGCAAUUGUAAACAUUCUAGUCUGUCCUAGUCAUUGAGGUGUCUGAGUGUUGACACCAGUCUGAUACAAGUUCACAGUUAAAUGGCAUUCUUUUACUUAUAUACAGUAAAUGAGAGCAGGGGUGUUGGCCCUUAGUGGAUGCAGUUCUUGCCUCCUGUUCUAAAGAUCAUUGGUUUGUGCUCAGGGCUUCUCCAGUAGAUUCAUCUGUAAUGGUUACCUGAUUAAAUUGGGAAAGUGAAGGCAGUCAAGUGCAGCACUAGCCACACUGCACUGAAUAGACUGUGGGGGUUAUGGGGCCCACUCAUCGAUAAUCUUCCAAUAUUAGUAUAAACCAUGUUCAUGUAAUUUUCCCACAGGAGAAAAGGGAAGGGGUGCAGGGUCAAUUUCAACCAUAGGAGAUGGGGAUAUAACAGUGGAGACACAUUGACUCCUUUUAAAUGAUUUUGGUGUAGAUCCCUGGGGCUUUAGAAGCUUUUGAGUAGGUGUAGGUGGAGCUUUAGAAUCUUCUGAGUAGGUGUAGGUGGAGAAACUCAUGAUAACCUGAUCCAGACCUGAAAGAUCUUAGAUACCCUUUGCAAUUGGUGCUGAAAUUUUUAAGUUUUGUGAUUCUGAAAGCUUUUGAGAUCAGGGAGUAAUUCUGAGCCUCAUCAUCAAUGUUUAACAGCCAUUUUCCAUACAGUACUUGCUUGGGAUAGCCGAGAAUGCCUUAUGGCAUGGUUUGCUUUCAGGCAAAUUUGAGGCAAGGUCUAUGGCUGGAUGCCCUUCCUAUUGCCAACCCACUUUUAGAGUAAUAACUAGGCAUUAUAUGUAAGACUUCCAAAUGGUCUCUUAGCUAGCAAGGCAGGGUUGUAACUCCCCAAGUUACCUGCCUGCCUGUGUAAUAUCUGACCCUAGUGAUCACCCCGGGUCAGCUUAGUGGAAUGGUACUCACUGGUUGCAUUCCAAAUAUUUUUUUUCAUGUGUUCAUUUGGAACUCGGAACUCAAUUUAUUAUCACAAUGUUAGCGUUGAUGGUUAGGUUCAUAAAAGCCUGUUUAAGCCAUACUAAAGACAAAAUAUAGUAUUGUACUGUACAAUUGUAAUUAAUAUAAGACCAGUGUGUAAAAUCUGGUAUUGUAAUUUACAUUGUGAAUAUGUGUUUGCAAUUGCAGCACUAUCAGAAAAGGCAAACAGUUACCCCGAUGGGUAACACUCAGUGAAAACAUAAUGCAUUCUAAUAUUAUUUGAGUUUUCCUAGCUGCCCACCAAAGCUCAUAUCAGUUCUUUCUCUAGCUUUCCUCUUUUUUGCAGUCUCCUAUAUGCGUUUAGUGAAAUUUUAGGCCCGUUAUAUCUGGAAGACAGCCUGGAAGCACAUGUGUUGGUAAAGCUGCCAAAGUGACCAAGCAAGAAACUUAAUUAUAGUAUGGAUGUGAAAAUACAAGUGAUAUGGAAAAUUGAGGCAGUUGGGGAUUGAUGGUAAAACAACACAGCAAGCUACAACAAAAUUAACUGGUGAGUGUUGAUUAAAGUCAGGUUUAAAAAAUAUUUACUUAAACAAUAUUUUUAUUUUACUUAUAAAAAAAGCCUUAAUAACAUCUGCAGAGCCAUUACCGUUAUGCAAGGAAGCCUUCUUGUAGCAAUUAUAGAGUAAGAAUUUCUAUAGACACCAUGUAAUAUUGACAUCUUUUAAUGGUUUAAUGGCUUAGCACACACUCCCCAAGAAGGUACCCUUUCUGUUACAAGAGGUCUGAUUGUAUACUGGAUCUCUGGUAUAUUGACCACUGCCUUUUUCCAGGCUCUGCCAUAAAAUGGUUUUUCAGAAUAAAACCAUUUUUUUUUAUAUUAAUGCUUACUGGUGCACACAAUUCAUAUAUCCUUGUUCCUUUAUUCUUGCCUAAACAGUUUGUGCAGGUUGCCAAUUACUAGUGAUGUGAAACAAAUAAUGCAUGGUUACAUACCUUACCUCCACCCUAUUCAAGAAUUGAACCUAGGUCCUCUUGCUUGCAAGGUGAGGCUGCUAACCACUACAGGACAUCAGUUUUGCUACCUGUAGUAAACUGCAGUUGAUGUUAAACUAUUCAAUCUGCAACUUCAUAAUUUUUUAUGUAUACAUCAAUAAAAGAGGCUGUAUG